UCACGGGUCCAAAUCAUUCCUCCAUAUAAUUUUUGUUUAAGAAAGUAAGACAAUAGAUUUUUUUAUUAUUUUUAUUUUUAGUAUAAUGAUACCAAUUACUGACGUCAGUCCCCUAUAAAUAUGCUAAUUGUCAAUCUUCUAUACGCUAAUUGUCAAUCCGAUCAGUAUCCUAGUACCCUUUUAAAAACCCAUUAUUGUGAAUGUUUAAUAAAUUAGGUAUUUUUUUUAAUCUUUUCUAUAACACAGGCACUUUAAAUGGAAAAAUAUAUUGGAUUAUAAUUUCUUAUUAAGAGGAAAACCUUAACUGAUUUAGAUGGGACCUCGAUGAAGAUUUACGAUACAUUGGGGAUCCAAUUGAAAAGCAAUACUACACGGGGAGUCGAUUAAUGAAAAAUGGGCUGAUGAUAGUAAGGUUUGGGAUGUGAUGAGCUGCAUAACAUCACAUGUUCAAUUUCAAGUUCGGUAUACUUCCUACGAGAAAAUUAAUAUGGAGUCGAAGUCCUUGUCCGAAUAAUACUGUACUACGUCCUUCCUCCUAUUAAUUAGGACAAGUAGUUGUAAUAUUAAUUUCAUAUUAAUUACUCCUCUAAUUAUUGUAUUCGUAAGUUAAGGUUUUAUUGCAAACAUGGGCGGUUGUUCAAAGCCAGAACCGGACUGGAUUAGAUAAUCCAAAUCCUAAUCCAAAAAGAGAUCGUUUAAUUCCUUGUAAUGUAAUGGUAGAUUCUAACCACUAUAAAUACAAGGUAAUAGCUACGACCUUCUCAACAUUCAUUAUCACUAACACAAUAUUCGUUUCUCGCUUUUGCUUACUGCUUGCUUUUCUCUCAAAUAAUGGGUGCUGGUGGUGGUUUUGUUGCCGGUGAUGUUAAAAACUAUCCCGGAAAGGUCACUCGGCAUGUGGUAAAUGCUUGUGUGCUAGGAGCCACGGGAGGAUUAAUUUUCGGAUACGACCUUGGUAUCUCGGGUGGUGUGACGUCUAUGGCUCCCUUUUUGAGUAAAUUUUUCCCAGAUGUUUAUCGUAAGGAAGCAUUAGAUACAUCCACUAAUCAAUAUUGCAGGUUUAACGAUAUGGGGCUAACCUUGUUCACAUCUUCAUUAUACCUGGCUGCAUUAAUUGCAUCUUUUGGAGCUUCUUAUAUCACAAGGACGUGGGGUCGGAAAAGAACAAUGCUCCUUGGUGGCAUCGUAUUUUUCAUCGGAGCUGCUCUCAAUGCCGGCGCUGUGGACCUCUCAAUGCUCAUCGCCGGUCGCAUUCUCUUAGGUGUUGGAGUUGGUUUUUCAACUCAGUCUGUGCCGCUCUAUGUCUCCGAGAUGGCUCCACAACAACAUCGUGGUGCUUUCAACAUUGUGUUCCAACUCGCAAUCACUAUUGGCAUUUUCAUAGCUAAUCUUGUCAAUUACUUGACACCUAAGAUUGCUGGAAACCAAGCAUGGCGUUACAGCUUAGGCGGAGCGACCAUUCCUGCUGCCCUCAUCUGUCUUUCAGCGCUUAAACUGGAUGACACUCCAAACUCGUUGUUGGAGCAAGGCAAAGCUGAAAAAGCUCGAGAAAUACUUAGAAAGAUACGUGGCCUUAACGACAAGGAAAUUGAGUCUGAGUUUCAAGAUUUAGUCACGGCCAGUGAGGCAGCUAAGCAAGUGGAGCAUCCCUGGACUAGAAUCCUUAAGAGACAGUAUCGGCCGCAACUGACCAUGGCUGUAGCUAUUCCGUUUUUCCAACAACUUACUGGGAUGAAUGUGGUCAUGUUCUAUGCUCCUGUCCUCCUCCAGAGUAUUGGUUUUGAAAGUAAUGCUUCCCUCUUAUCCACGGUUAUCACCGGCGCUGUUAACAUUCUUGCCACCGGUGUUUCAAUCUAUGGCAGUGAUAAGUCUGGAAGAAGAUCUCUGUUUCUUUCCGGUGGAGCUGUAAUGUUUGUAUUUCAGGUUGCGCUCGCAGUUUUAAUCGGAUCCAAGUUUGGAACAUCUGGAGAUGUGAUUCAAUUGCCAAAGUGGUAUGCCGGUAUAGUUGUAGCAUGCAUCUGCUUAUUUGUUUCUGCCUUUGCGUGGUCAUGGGGGCCAUUGGGAUGGCUAGUUCCGAGUGAAAUAUUUCCGCUAGAAAUUCGAUCAGCCGGGCAAAGUAUCACCGUGGCAGUCAACAUGUUAUUCACUUUCUUCAUAGCUCAGCUUUUCCUCGCAAUGCUUUGCCACUUCAAAUUUGGUUUGUUCAUCUUCUUUGCAAUCUUUGUGGCAAUCAUGAGUACCUUCAUCUUUUUCUUUUUGCCUGAGACGAUGAACAUCCCCAUUGAAGAGAUGUCUAAAGUGUGGAAGCAACAUUGGUAUUGGAGGAGAUUCACGACUGAAGACGAUGAUCGCCGAGCUUUGGAUGUCAUAGUCUAGGAAUAUCAUCUUUUAAUUCGCUUCUUUUCUUUAUUUUCUUUCUACUAGUUUUUUUCUAUUUAAUUAAACAUUAGCUCAUGUAAUGUGGACUUCUCAGAAAAAUGUUGGAGGAGAUUAAAGUUAAUUUAAACCUUGAUUUUAAUUAUUA